AUGGCAGAUGCGCCUAUACCUAUACACAAUUGGGGCAAAAGUCCAAGCCCCUCCUGCGAGUGCGGCAAAAAUCAGACCAUCAAACAUAUCGUGGAGGAAUGCUCUGAAACGACUUAUAACGGCAGACGAGAAGAUUUCCUACUGGCAAGAAAGUUAAAAGGUGCCAAGGAUCCUCCUAGAGUGCUCAAACCUGAAGAUUUAAAUCCGCAAGCCAAUAGGGAUUGGAGGUCUCAAAUUGGAAUGGCACCAGCUACGCAAAGUGCUUAUUUGAAUCCAGUGGGUCAUAGAAUGUUGAGUCACUAUGCACCUAGCGAAAAUAAGGAGCAGUAUGCUAAUAAACCAUCAAAUUUGGAUAACAGAAAUAGGAAUUAUAGGGGAGAUUUAGAGGUAUGGAUUAGUCAGUGUAAUGGCGAUGUAGACUACUACGUUACCCAGGCUCUAUCUGGACAUGGCUGUUUCAAUAAAUAUCUGCACAAAUAUCCAAGAUCAGAGACCGCUGUGUGCCUGUACUGUAGUGAAGAAGAUGACGCCAAACAUACACUACUACACUUUUUAUCUGUAGCAGAUGGGAAGAGCAAAGGGGGCUAUUUUUCAGGGAAAGUGGAAAAGAUUUUAAUGCUACGAAUAUGA